AUGCGCGGUGACAGUCCCCCCUCCACCCGGGCAGUUUCCUCCCCGCCCCAGCCAGUCCCUAGGGAACCGAGGGGAGCAGCAGCAGCCCACAGGCUCAGACUUGGGGGAGGCGGGGUUGUCCUUCCGGAGAAGGGGGUGCUAAGCCACGAGGAGUCCACGUCUCUGUGCCACCAGAACAUCUUCAUCAUCAUCUAUCCUUUGUCUGCCUCUAUGCACCUGCCCUUGCCCUUGGUCCUGGGGCCUUUGGGAGGGGGUCCCCUGGUGGAGGGGACCGGGGCACCCCCGUUCCUCGCCAGCAGCCUGCUCUCCGCCGCAGCCAAGGCACAGCGCCCCUCACUGCCUCCCCCCAGCACUUUACAGGGCCGAAGGCUUCGCGCCCCGGCGCCUCCUCCGCCCCCCCAGCCGCCCUCCCCCCGCUCCCAGCGCCGCCCCCGCAGGCCGCCCACGGUCCUGCGCUUGCUUGAGGGGGGAGGACCUUUGGUCCCCCGGAGGGCCCGCCCUCGGGCCCCGGCCCCUCCGGCUUUUCCUCCCUCCGAACCGGCGACCCCGAUCCUCCCUUCUGUGCUGUCCCUGCUGGGGCUCUCCACCCCUGCCCCCUCCGACGGAAGCUUUAACCUUGCGGGGGCCGACGCGGCCCUCCCCCCGCCCCUGCCCCUCUCCUCAGGGAGCCCCCCCCAGCCCAUACACCCCAUCCAGCCCUCCUUGCCCGGGACUAGCAGUGGCAGCCUCAGCAGCGUGCCAGGUGCCCCCGCCCCUCCAGCCGCCACCAAAGCCCCCCCGGUCCCCAGCCCUGGCCUUCGAAGCACCCCAGAAGGGAUAGGUCCUGCCUGCUCCCUCCCCUCCCUCAGCGGGGGGGAGGCCUUCCCCUUUCCCGGCCCAGAGCAGGGUUUGGCCCUGGGCGGGGCAGGCUUUCCCGGACUGCUCGGGGCCCUGCCCCUUCCCUUGAGUCUGGGGCAGCCUCCGCCCCCUCCCUUGCUUAGCCACAGUUUGCUGGGUGUAUUGGCCGGGGGCGGGGGUCAACCUCCCCCGGAGCCCUUCCUGCCUCCUCCCGGGGGCCCAGGCCCCCCCUUGGCCCCCGGCGACCCCGAGGGCCCGUCCCUGUUGGUGGCUUCCCUGCUCCCUCCGCCCCCCUCGGACCUCCUCCCACCGGCUCCGGCCCCUCCCGGCAACCUCCUUGCCUCCCUUCUCCCCCUGCUGGCUUUGGGCCCCCCAUCAGGGGACGGGGAAGGCCCCGGGGAGGUGGCCGGGGGUCCGAGUGGGGAGCCGUUCCCGGGGCUGGGAGACCUGCCCCCCCUUCUCUUCCCCCCCCUCUCGGCCCCUCCUGCCCUCAUAGCUUUAAAUUCUGCGCUGCUGGCUGCCAGCCUGGACCCCCCUGCAGGGAGCCCCUCCCAGCCCUGUGUUCUGAGCACCCCUCCACCUGGACCACCUACCUCCAGCGUCACCACGGCAACUACUGACCCCGGGGCCUCCUCUCUCGGCAAGGCCCCCACCACCUCAGGGAGAACCCCCCCACUCCUCGGCCCUCUGCUGGGCGCUAGUCUGCUGGGUGACUUGUCUUCGAUGACCAGCAGCCCUGGGCCCCUUCCCAGCUUGCUGGCCCCCCAGGGCCCUCUUUUCCCCGGCCAGCUUGGGCUCCAGCUCCUCCCUGGGGGAGGCGCCCCACCACCUCUCUCGGGGGCUUCCAGCCCCCUGACCUGCCUGCUGCAGAGUCUCCAGCUCCCCACUGAGCAGCCAGAAGCUCCCUGUCUGCCCCCCGAAAGUCCUAGCCCAACUGUCGAACCGGAGCCUGCCCGGCCCCCCCUCAGUGCCUUAGCCCCAGCCCAGGGUUUCUCUGACCCCCCAGCUCCUGAGCUGUUGGCUGGGAGGGGGUCAGGAAAGCGGGGUCGGCGGGGAGGUGGGGGAACUCGGGGCAUCAAUGGGGAAGCCAGGCCGGGCCGGGGCCGAAAGCCUGGCAGCCGGAGAGAGCCUGGUCGCCUGGCCCUUAGGUGGGGAGGCCGAGGUGGUUUCAAUGGACAGAUGGACCGGUCCCCACGAGGGCCCCACUGGCAGCAUAAUGGGGAGCUGGCUGAAGGGGGGACCGAGCCCAAAGAGCUGCCCAUCCCCGUGCCCCAGCCGGAUGAGCUCAAGGUGCCCCCCGGGGGAGUUAGGAAGUCUCGCCGGGGUCGGAGGAGAAAGAACAAUCCCUCCCGAACCAGCAGCGGCUCCCGACAGGUCGCUUUGGAGCAGAGCCACAUGGCUGGGGUGACUGUCCCUCUGCCCCCCCGGCCCCGUCCUGGCCGUCCCGCCAAGAACAAGAGGAGGAAAUUGGCCCCGUAGCAGCCGUGGCUGGAGCCGGACCCGAUCCCCACUCUGGGGGGAGCUGAGCCUCGGGAGUCCCUGCUAACCAUCUGUACCUGUGGACAGCAGUGGGUAGGGGGGCUGCGCAUUCCCCCCAGCCCCCAAGCACAAACGUGUUCCCUUCCCCCGAAAUCUUGUCCUGAGCCAUUCCAGGGGUAGAGAAGCUCACUUCGCCCCAAAGCCAUGUCACUGAUGAGGUCUGGGGGGCAUUUGGCCCCCCACCCCUGCCCCGGUACUAAGGGGAGCAAACCCAUCUCCAGGUCUUAUUUGCUUAAGUUAUUUUUGCACAAAUGACUUUAUAUUUAAUUGGACUUCACUGCCCCUCUCCCCCAAGCCAGCAGGCUCAGUUUACAAACCUGUGAGCCCCCGCUGGCUGCUGCCCCCUCCCCAGCGAAAGGCACAAAGCAAUAAGCAUCGCUCCUUCCAGCCCCAGCCCAUCCCUGUGGCUCAGGUGCCUCAAAGCACAGACCCCCCUCUUCCCCUCCACGGUCUGAAACACACGGAAGCCUCAUUUCAGGGUGUAAGCCAGGUUCCUCUGGGGAGGGGGGGAGAGGCCUCCCCUCCCCCACACACUACAGUGCCCCCUUUCCCCACCGAAACUGCUCAGAGACGUUGUCAUGACGCUGACUGACGCGAGGAUUAUGCAACGCAGUCCGACCGGAGUGGCCAGCAUGCCCAGCCGUCCAGGGGCUGCCUCAUGCCUUUUCUUUUGUAAAGACGAGACCCUUCGGGAGUUUUAAUUCUGUUUUGUACUCGCCCUGUGGGGCCUCCACUGCUUUUCUAUGGGAGACACUCUUAAUUUAACAGAUAAGAAUAUUUUGAAACUCUG